ACACACACCCGCAUCUCAUUCCCCCCCGACCGGCCGGCUAGGGUUUCCCCCCGCCGACGGCCGGACACCUCCCCGCCGCUCUCGGCCGCCACCCCGCCAGAUCCUCCACCUCGUCCGUCCACCUCGCUGUCGGCUGAGAUAAGCGCCUCCCCGGAGCCGGCAGAAGCCCUCCGCUCCCGAGCCGACGACCACCUCCCCCCGACGGCACCGCCAGCCGCCCCCCGACGGCAGGAGGGAAGCAAAGGAUAGGCAACAGAACAGAGUCUUGCUGCAAUAUGGACCAUCGACAAGGCAGGGAUGACCAUGAAGGGGUGCAGGUUGUUGGAUUCGAAGUCCCAGCGUCACCAGAUUCAAGCUACAGCAACCCUAUUCCAGGAAGCGAAGACGAAGACCGGGAACCCCCGCUGGCUCCUCCUCACCUGCAGCACACACUGCUGAGCUUCCCGCCGAGCCAUGACGACGCGAGCAGCCUCCCUCUGCCCCAGCCCGUGGUGCUGAACCACCUCUACAUAGAGAAGGAGAACUCGAGAUCCGUCGUCGCCCUGGGGAUCACCCAUAGGUUUAAGGCCAAGUAUGUGACCGUCGUGCUCUACAAGCCGGUACAGAGGCGGUAGCGGGGCGGUGAACAUCUGCAUACCGUGUUGGCCCCUUCUUCCUAUUGGGGUUGGGUUGUGGUGACUUACUGAACCGGAUGGAAUGUGUCUGUUGUAGUCCUGGAGAAACAGAGAUGAUGCCCUUCAUUCUCAAAUGAUUUGGUCAUGUACUUAA